UUCGUUUAAAGAAUCCCACACACACACCGAACAAAAAACCCUCAAAUUCCAAUGGCGUCUUCAGAAUCCAUGGACGACAGCUUCCGAGUCCGAGUCGAGAAGGUCUUCGGAUCCCUCGCGCCGUCAAAGUCUUCGGCUCUGCAGUCUUCGCCGUGGUCCCUCACCGACGACGAGGUCGAGCGAACAGAGUGGAGGCGGGGUACGGACACCUCCGAUCGCGACGACACGCCGUGCUCGUCUUCGUUCGAUGAGUUCUUCAAGAAGGACGAGAAGGCUUCGUGGAGGAAGCUUCGCAGAGCGCGACAAGAAGAUCUCGACGAUCUCGACGACGGCGAUGAAGAGUCGGACCGGUCGUUUGGAGGAAACGACGUUGACAGAGACGCAUGGGAAAUCAGAUCUUCGAUCGGCUUGGACUCCACUCUCGACCGCGAGGAAGAGGAAGAUGAAUAUGACAAAGUGGCUACAGGCAGAGAAAAUGCCGGUGAUCGCUUGUUUAUGAGUGAUGUUACUGAUCAUGGGUCUUAUUUGAACUCUCACAAUGUUCUUCCCAAUCCAUUACAUGCUACUGCUAAAGAUCUACAUGCCAAUCGCCUGGCUGCAAGAAUUAGGUUGAAUGAAGACGAAGUUGAAGCCCAAAAGUACACUUCCGGACACGUUCAUGACGCAGAAGUUAAGGAGGGACAGCAUGUAGAAGCAUCUAAAGACUGUAAUCAGCUGAGGCCUAUAUUGAAGAGGAAGGACAAUAAUGCAGUUUCCAAGUCACAAAAACGUGUCAGGUUUGACCCUAGUUGUAGAUAUGGCUCCGAAGAAGCAGUAGAUACGUCUGAGGGUGCCCCCUUGAUGGAGGCUACAGUUUCAGAUGAUGGAUCUCUGAUAGCCCAAAAUGCUUCUAGGGUCCCAGAUUAUCUACUUAAUCCUUCCAAGUAUACGCGCUAUAGUUUUGAUUCAACAAGUGAGAUUGAUGAAGAAUCUAAUACUCAAGCAUGUAUGGAUUCCCUUAAUCUGGUAAAAGAGUUGAAGCUGCCACAGUCAGGAUUAGAGCCAGCGGAUUCUUCAGCUGAUCUGCCGAAGUCAGUGAUCUUCAUUCCGAAGAAAAAGGCUAGUGAUGCCAAAGCAGUAAGUGACAGCACUGUGUUAAAGCAAAACAAGGAAGAAGAUCAUAAGCAGUCCUUGCACGGAGCAGACUUUCCUUUGGGAAUUGCAGAUGGGGAAUCCCAACAUGAAGUUAGUGCAAUGGAGGAGGAUGAAACAGAAACAAAUGCAGCAGAUAGAAGUGCUGGUUUCCAAAGACCUGGUAGGAGGUAUAGGACAAAAUCAAGGUCAAAUGACCAUGACUCUUGAUGUUCUUUUGAAGUUUCAGACAGGCUCAAGUAUCAUUUGGACUUUUUUUAUCACUUGGUAAUAUGAGCUCCGAUUGCCCUUGAUGUGUUCAUUUGGUAAAAACAAAAUUCUUAUUGUUAGUUUU